CCGCCGCGGCGGCCGCUGCUGCCGCCGCCGCCGCCGCCGCCGCCGCCUGGAUAUAGUGCGGCAAGGCGCGGAGCUUGCAGUCACUUUGCGAGGAGGAGCGCGCGGGCUGCGGGCGGCGUGGGGCACCCGGGAGCGGCGGCGGGCUAGCCGAGGCGGCCGUGGCAGCGGAAGGUUCCCUCUCCUCCGGGGCUGGACUGCAUAACUUUGGAACUGUCCGCCGGUGUCACGUCCUGAACAUGAGCCUCCUCCUCUCCUUCUACCUGCUCGGGUUGCUUGUCAGUAGCGGGCAAGCUCUUCUUCAAGUGACAAUUUCACUUAGCAAAGUAGAGCUUAGUGUGGGUGAAUCUAAAUUCUUCACAUGUACAGCAAUUGGUGAGCCUGAGAGUAUAGACUGGUAUAACCCUCAAGGAGAAAAGAUCAUUUCAACACAGAGGGUUAUGCUGCAGAAGGAAGGGGUCAGGUCACGACUAACCAUCUACAAUGCAAAUAUAGAAGAUGCGGGGAUCUAUCGCUGCCAAGCAACGGACGCCAAAGGACAGACGCAAGAAGCAACAGUCGUUUUGGAAAUUUACCAAAAACUCACCUUCAAAGAAGUGGUGUCCCCUCAAGAAUUCAAGCAAGGGGAGGAUGCAGAAGUGGUCUGCAGGGUUAGCAGUUCCCCGGCUCCAGCGGUCAGCUGGCUGUAUCACAACGAGGAAGUCACCACCAUUCCCGACAAUCGGUUUGCUGUGCUUGCAAACAAUAACUUGCAGAUUCUCAACAUCAAUAAAAGUGAUGAAGGAAUAUACAGAUGUGAAGGAAGAGUAGAGGCUAGGGGAGAGAUUGAUUUCCGGGAUAUCAUUGUUAUUGUUAAUGUUCCACCAGCAAUUGUGAUGCCCCAGAAGUCCUUCAAUGCUACUGCAGAGAGAGGAGAAGAAAUGACCUUAACCUGCAGGGCCUCAGGCUCUCCAGAUCCUACCAUCUCUUGGUUUAGGAAUGGCAAGCUCAUUGAAGAAAAUGAAAAAUACACUUUAAAGGGCAGUAAUACAGAGCUCACUGUCAGGAACAUAAUCAAUAAAGAUGGCGGCUCUUAUGUCUGCAAAGCCUCAAACAAGGCAGGAGAAGAUGAAAAGCAGGCCUUCCUUCAAGUCUUUGUACAGCCUCAUAUAUUACAACUUAAAAAUGAGACGACGUCUGAGAAUGGUCAUGUCACACUCAUCUGUGAAGCAGAAGGCGAGCCUGUUCCAGAAAUCACAUGGAAAAGAGCAGUGGAUGGCACCACGUUUUCUGAAGGUGAUAAGAGCCCAGAUGGCCGUAUCGAAGUCAAAGGGCAGCAUGGACGCUCAUCACUGCACAUCAGAGAUGUGAAGUUAUCAGAUUCAGGGAGAUAUGACUGUGAGGCUGCGAGCAGGAUUGGUGGGCACCAGAGGAGCAUGCACCUUGACAUUGAAUACGCUCCAAAGUUUGUUUCAAAUCAGACAAUGUAUUACUCCUGGGAAGGAAAUCCAAUCAAUAUUAGUUGUGAUGUGAAAUCAAACCCACCUGCAUCAAUCCAUUGGAGAAGAGAGAAGCUAGUCUUACCAGCUAAAAAUACCACUCAUUUAAAGACAUACAGUGUAGGAAGAAAGAUGAUACUAGAGAUUGCCCCUACAUCGGACAAUGACUUUGGAAGAUAUAACUGCACUGCUACUAACCGUAUAGGCACAAGAUUUCAGGAGUAUAUUCUUGAGUUAGCAGAUGUGCCCUCUAGUCCCCAUGGAGUGAAGAUUAUAGAGCUGUCCCAGACCACAGCCAAGAUCUCAUUCAACAAACCCGACUCCCAUGGGGGUGUGCCUAUUCAUCAUUAUCAAGUGGAUGUCAAAGAAGUGACGUCAGAAACCUGGAAAAUAGUACGCUCCCAUGGAGUUCAAACAACGGUUGUUUUGAGCAGCCUGGAACCAAAUACGACUUAUGAAAUCAGGGUUGCAGCAGUCAAUGGAAAAGGGCAAGGGGACUACAGCAAAGUGGAAAUAUUCCAGACACUGCCAGUCCGGGAGCCAAGUCCCCCUUCCAUACAUGGACAGCCAAGCAGUGGGAAGAGUUUUAAAAUCAGCAUCACCAAACAAGAUGAUGGAGGGGCUCCUAUUUUAGAAUAUAUUGUGAAAUACAGAAGUAAAGAUAAGGAAGACCAGUGGCUGGAGAAGAAGGUUCAGGGGAAUAAAGACCACAUCAUUUUGGAACAUCUGCAGUGGACGAUGGGCUAUGAAGUACAAAUCACAGCUGCCAACAGACUGGGGUAUUCUGAGCCCACCGUAUACGAGUUCAGCAUGCCCCCAAAGCCCAACAUUAUUAAAGACAAUUGCUGUGAAGCGAAUACCGGUGAAAAUGGAGGCCAAUCAUGGCAGCUGAAUGUUGUUGGGUUUUCUUUCGUUAUAGCCAUGAGUUUGUCUUGCUUGUUUUAGUGUUACUAUGUUCUAUGGUAUUCCCUGAACAGAGAUAAACAAAAUAGUAGCAACAGGAUGUUCAAUUUUUUCAAUGUUCAGAAUGUUCAAACUAAAAUUUUCGGCAGUCCAAUUUAUGUUUGAACAUUUAUCCUCUUCCUCUGUCGUCACCAACCGAAGGAAAUUCAGGACCACAGAAGAAAAUUUCCAUAGAGGUUUUUUCUCUUGACUACUUCUGCAGCAACAUUAUGUUUUACUGUAAAGGCUUCAUUUUGCAAGGUAGACGUUGCUAUAAAUUGUGUCCCUUAUUCACUGAAUGUAAGUAUUUUCUACAGCCAGUCCUGUUUUUAUUUAAUUAGUUUGCAAAUAUAACUCAGCAUCCAUCGGUGCAAAGCAUGGAAACUGUUUUUUAUAAAAUUUUGAGUCACCCCCACCAGUCUUUUAUAUGGUUAAAUGAAAAUUUCUCACUUUACGAAUGUUUAUAAAAUGUUACAGUUUCUACCAUUUAUAUAAAACACAAAAUUUGAUAUUUAGUUAUAUCAAAUACAUAUGUCUAUUAUUCUAUAAUCUUCAGUUUGGGGACAAUGUCUGAAGGAACAGAAAGGAAUCAUGUUUCUUCAUUUAAAUCUGAAAAUCCAAUUAAUAUUUUCUUAAGCGAAAAUAUCUCUCUACCAUUGUCCAGAAUAAAUAAGCUUAAUUUCAGUUUAAAAUGUUAUUCAAUUCAGUAAAUUCACAUCAUUUUUUCAAGCUGGGUCCAAGUAUUGCAGAUGUGACAUCCUAUGCAGUUACAUAUUGCAUUUUCCUGAACUCCUGACAGUCACUGUCUUUGCAAGUAUCAAAAUGAGAAAUGACUAUUUUAAGCAUUACUUUCAAGAAGAUGAAAAGGAGAUGAGAGCAAGAACCUGCUGCAUUCAAAUUUUCAAAAGCAGCUCAAUUUGAAGAAAUACAAGAAGGGUAUCUGCUUUUCCAAUUUCAGUUAUUUGAAAUCGAGAAGAAUGUGUCAUUUGCUUUGAGUCACGUCCUAGAAAGUGAUGUUGUUAGGACUACUUAGGCCAAUUAGGGGACACACACACACACACACACACACACACACACACCCUCCUUUUACACAGACAAACACAACAGUUUUUACUUGCUAAAUCAAAAAUUUCAGCUUUUAAAAUUCUCCCAUCAAAACCUGGCAUUUGGCUUCUCUGAAGCAUUCACUGUGCUUUUAGGAUGUCCAAACAUAUUAUUUAUUAUGUGAGUUCCAACAAAAUUAGAUAUGUAUUAAUUUUAUUUAGUUUUAAUUUUAUUUAUGAUUUAUAAUAUCUUUAGUUUCAAAUACUGUAUUUGUCUUUUAUAGCUUGCAAUAUAAUCUAAAAAUAUGAUCGAUUCAAAUAUUUUUUCCUCAUUGUUGGAAAAAUAACAAAAAAAGUCUAAUUAAUUCAGUAUGAAAAACCUAACUAGUAUCUGGGAUUUAUUUUUUUUUUAAAUAACAUGAGUCAUGCUUUCUUAACUAUGUAACUCUUUGUUACUUUGUUCUAUAUUCCUUGGUAUUUUACUUUAGAAAUGAUAAGUUCAUCACUGAUCUGUAGAAUAUUGAGAGUGAAGGAAAUUCAAGUAACAUUUCUAAACAUGUUUCUUUCCACUCUUAAUUCCAUGAAUGAAUGAUUAUAAUGAAUUGAAAGAUGUCCAUGUGUUACUUAAUUUGACUGGAAAUCACAAAAUGAUGUUUGAAAACAUGAAAUAUGUGCCUAUUCAAUUCAAUUUGAUUACUUUUAAAGUUUAACACCCAUAACUCAACAUUAUCAAGAGUGAUACAAAGAACACUCAAGGUCAGGGUUACACAGAUAUGCAGUAUAUGACUUUGAAAAUUUGAAUCUUCUUAAAUAAUAUUUAUCUUUUGUUCAGAGACACAAAUGAAUCAUAUAGAACUAUGUAGAAAAUUCAAAGUAACCAUUGUGUGCCCUGGUGUUUUUCUUCAUAAAAUUGAAGGCACAAAAUAUGAAAUAAUGAAAUGACUGUGUUGCACAAAAAGAACAGAGAAAUUAUACAUUUAUGUAUGUCUUCAGGAAUAGAUGAGGUUCUUGUUGCUAGGUUUUAUGUUUCAAUGUCCAAACUUCAUUACUGUGUGAAAACAAAAACUUUGCUAUCUUACACCUUUGUUUACUUAGGAUUAGCCUGUGAUUAUCUGCAAUACGCUCAAUGAUAAAUAAAUUAUAAAAAAAAUCAUAUACUCCUUAGUUGUUACCAACUACUCUUUCACCUGUUGGUUUUUAAAUAAAUUUUAAUUAUUAAGGUGUAAAAAUCCAAAUGUGUGUAUUGACAGGAAUAUAGUAUUUACUAUUAUAGGUAAUUAGAGAACGUUUGGUCUAACAAUAUGUGUAUUGUGACUCCCACUGUGAAAAUGUUUCAGAAAUUUUUAACCAUAGUAUAACAGUGAUUAAGCUAUGUGAAUCUGCUUAUGCAUGAUUACCACAUUAUCUGAAUGUAUACAUGUGAUAACAGUGUAUCUUUUUAUUCAUUUCAGAAUGUCCAUUUUAUCUUCCUAAUCCUGGCAUAGUAACUCUAGAACCUAAUUUCAAUGGAAUUUUCCCACCAAGUAAAAAUUUUAUGAUUAUUUAUUAAGCCACUAUGCGACCAGAAUUAGAUGGCUAAGAGAUAGAAGAUGCCUAGGAGAUAGCCAAGGAAGAUAGAUUCUUCCCUACAAAAUAUCUUAUCAGACAAAUUGCCAUUCGAAAUCUUCCUUGCUAUAAUUCUGUAGAUUUGUAUAAUUAAACAUACUUCUAUAAAAUCCUUCCUUUCAAAAGUUUUGAAGGUGCAUAUUUGUAUAUUAAUAACUAACAAGAACAAGUCUGAAAAUUCAAUGCCUUUUUUCAUUGUUUUCAUUUUCUAAAUUAUAUAAACACUUGAGUUUGAUUGGAUACAUAUUAAUAAAUUUGAUAUGCUAGAUUAAUAUUUACAAUGUGUUCUCUAUAUAAGUAUAAUUAGUUCCAGUUCUACUUACAUAAUAAAAAUGCAUUCAAAAGAUUCAUUUCUAGUAGGUUUAAAUAUUCAUCUUUAUGUUUUAGAAGGAUGUAUAUGACUGUACAAUUUAUGUAAAUGAAGUUAAAAUGGUAACUGCCAUUCAUUAUGCCAAAUAUUAUUUAUUUAGCACUGCCCAUAAAAUAGGAUUUACUUACACUGAAAUCAAUGUAAGGAUAAUUUCAGUGGAUCCUCUAUAUUUUAAUUUGAAUUUUCUGUUCUCUCACCAAGGCAAAUUGUACAUGAUAGUUAAGCCAUUUACAACUGAAUCAUGGUGAAUACAUCUAGAUGUAUAAAAAUAUGGGUAUUAUAUGAUAUGCUAACACUAAGAACAGAAAAAUAAUUUUUAAAUUUACCAAUGACCUAGGCAAUUGAAGAUAAACAACAUGACAAGAAAUUAAUAUUUUAAUCUUUUUUCUUGAGAAUGCUGUUCAAAUUAUAUAUGAGAACAUUUCUUUUCAGAGAUAAUAAAAAUACUGGUAGAGUAAAAAUCUUAAAAUUUUGAAAAUUGUUUUAAAAAUGCAAACAAAGUUGUUUAUUAUUGUGUGUUUGAAACAUGGAGAGUCCCAGAUAAGUCAUUUAUUACAGUAACUAUUAUCAAGCAUAGUUUUCUGACAUUAUGAUGCCAAAUGAAUAAAAACAUAGGUUUACAUAGAAGUGAAUGGUAUAAAUAAUUUGCUAUUUUAGGUAUUUUAUACUGAUUGGUUUCAUUGGUAUAAGUUGCUCUGACUUUUAACAAUGUCAGUUAAGUCAAACUAAGUAACCUUUUCUCUUCAAGAACAUAUUCCUUACAAUUAAUGUCACCAUUUUAAGAAACUAUUUACCCUUUCUGACAUUUAUUCUCUUUUAUGUGUAGAAAUGAGUUUAGUUCAUGUAUUUUGUUUUCUCUUAAUUGAUUAUAGAUAAAAAGUUUGUACCUCCUCCUGUAGUUACAGAGAAAUAUAACACACAAUUUUGAGAGUUCAAUGCAUUUAAUAGAUUAUUCACAUUCACAUUUUCCUAUGUCAAGCAAUUGAAUAUAUAACAAUUCUUUAAAAAGCCCUUGAAUUGAUUAUGAAGUCAAUUUAACUUAAAAAUCAAUAUCCAUAUGAAUUAGGUCAUAAAGAAAAUGAAUAGUUUCACUUUCAGAUUUUAUUAAUAUAAAUUUUAGUACUUAUUAUUAAACCUUAUCUUACUAAUAUAAGGUUUAGUACUUAACUACAGUAAAGAUAUUUUUAAUUUUUCAUUAUAUGCUCCUUCCCAUAAUGACAAAUUGUUUUCUUCUAUAGUCAAUAUUUUAAAAUUGUUUUCUGUGUUUUCCCAUAUGUCAAAAGGUACACUUUUCAUAUAACUAAUUUAUAUGUUCAAUGAUAAGACAAUAAUGACAUUCUUGUCAUGCUUUAUUUUACAGAACUAAAUUUGUUACCUUGUAUAAAAAGUUGUACUGGAUAAAAAUUAACAAUCAUGUACUGAUUCUUCCUGACUAACAGUUACUACUUCUAGCCCUAAAAUUUGUUAGGAAAUGUUACAGAUAAAAUGGAUAAUUUUGUAAAUUCAAUCUAUCAGAAUUUGUUGAAAUAGAAAAAAAAUAUUGAAGGGCUGUAAAUGAACAUGUGGAAUUAAAGUGGUUUUUUUUGUAUUGUUUUUUUGCUCUGGAGGCACUCAGAUCUAUGUGUGACAUGCUCUGCAGGUUGAUAUUUAUUUUAUCUCUUUUGAAGUACAGUCAUGCAUUCAUCCACAUAUUCCUAAAUUUCAGUUUAAGUAUGAUCUAAAGUUGGCUGUUUUAUAUGUAGAUUGUAGACAGUUUCUUAAUUUGUGUAUUUUCAAAAUUACUUAGUAUAUUCUUUAUCAUUUUGCUUUAGAAAAGACAAUAUAAAGUUAUAAAUUCUAAAAGUGGCAUAAUUUUAAAAUAUAGAAUCACUUAAAAUUAUACUUAAUUCAAUUUCAUUUCAUGUAUGUAGUAAAUAUGCAAUGUUAAUUCCUUGUUCUUUCAAGCAACAUAAACUAAAAACUACUGUUUUAAAUAUUAUUGAUACUUCAGACUUAUUUAUGAAUAUUUCUCUCAUAAUUUUGCAUUGGUUUAUGUGUAAUUUUUAUGCUUGAAACUGACUAUUUUGAUCAUUUUCAUUGCAUUUGUUUUCAUCCCAGAUUAUUUUAUUGACUAUAUGUACAUGUUAUAAAUGUAUUGUCUUUGGUAUCAUCUCUUAUUUAACACCCCCACAUAUAUCCAGUGCUGUGUAAUCCUGUGCAUAUGUUCCAUAGUGUAUAAAAUGUCAUUUUAUUUUAUGUAUCUCUGUGUCUUCUCCAUUGUCGUAAUAAAGAAAA